CACGACUCACCAUCUACCUACAGGUUCUAUAGUCCCUCCUGACUACAUACCCGACGAUCCAGGCAGCGCCGACUCGAUUUAUUCCCUCGCAGAAUCACCAAUCGCCUUCUCUCGGCCGACAGACAAUGCAGCUCCUCCUGGUCGUCGCGCUGGUCAAUUGCUUCACAGCUGUUUCUGGUCAAGCAGCGAAGAUUGUUCCAGCACUACAGCUCGUGCAGUCGCACGUCAGAUAUGUGAACCAACGCGUGGUGGCUUUCAAUGGCAAUCCUUCCACUGGCACUUUGGACGCUGUCAACAUCAACCAAGCUGCCGACGACCUCGGACAUGCUGUGGAAUAUGCAACGCGCGUUGCACAGGCUUCUUCGCAGCUGAGCGCGCAGGACUCAGAAGCCGUCUCCGCUGCCGUCAUCUCCUUGCGACCCGACGUCGAAGGCUUGCUGAAGAACAUCGCUGCCAAAAGACCGGCUUUUGACCGAGUCGUCAUUGGCCUCUUCAGCGUCAGCAAGCAAGUUCAAACCACCCUCACGGAUGAAAAGGCUUUGACCAUCGCCCUUGGAAACGCCAUUGCUUCCAAACUUUCCGGCGCAUACAGAGAGGCUGCACCUCUACUGCUGAACGAGUUCAGCAUGGCAUUUGACGCAGCAAUCGGAGCAUAUGUCACUCAGAGCGAAUAGCGCGCUCCUGCGAUGGCCGCUUUGGAACAAAGCAUGGAUUUGGACCGAGGCUGCAAUUAUUAUGAAUAGAAUCCCAACUGAGACGAAGCUUUGUGGCUAUUAUUUCGGCUCGGUGCCUCCCCGUGCAACACCCACCCCUGCGAAGAUUCAAACUCCAGCAUCUUUCUCUUCUCCAUCGCUGUAGUAGCCAGCACUUGCAGAUGUUGUAUGUACAGUACUACCUCCCGAAUUUGUCACAAACUCUUUACAUCCGG